UCUGCUUAUCGUUUCUAUCUAAUCACAUUCUCGUAAUCGCUGCUUACGUCUGCCUUUCGAGUCGUGUUUCACUAGUCGUAGAAGGAGGCUGUGGGUCAUUAUUUUUUUUAGGGACGACUUCUUGAGAUAAGAAGACAAGAAAGAAGGAUUUCAAAGACACGUUUAUAGAAGAAAAAGAAGAAGGAAAAGGAUGGUCGGUUCUAUAGGAUUGCGAGGCGGAGGAGCCCUGUCUGCCGCCGCCCUCCUCCUCUUCUGCGCCGCCGUGUGGAGUCCCCAGGGCGCCUUAGCUGUCAACUACCGCACUUGCUACAACUUCACGUGGGCGGGCGAUGACAACAGCACGAGCUGCGAGGAACGUGACCCGCCCUGCAUUCUGCCUCUCGUUUUCACAGACCCCAGUACGCGACCGCCCGACAUGGAGGCGCUGGAGGAAUAUUGCAAAGAGAACCAGUGUGCAAUCAGAUGCAAGAAGGAGGCAAGUUGCAUCCGCUGGAACUGGUAUGAUGUCAAUGGCCGCCUGACCAACUUCUCCCUCUUCUGUGGCACUGUGGCUGAUGACACCAACGAGGACACGACGGGGGCCAAGGGAGUGUCCAAUGGCUGUUGGAAGCAAAGGGUUGGCAUCAACAUGAAGGAGAUGUGCGUCUGCGACGACCGUGACCUCUGCAACCACGCCCAUGGACUCUCUGGCCCCGCCCACUCGCUCUUGCUCUUCUCCGUGGGCGUUGGUGUCGUCCAGGUGUUUAUGGGCGGGUUGUGGGUGCGCUGAAUAGGAGGGUGAAAGAGGGUGGGAGGAGAGGAAUGAAAGGGGAGUGGAAGGAAGGGGAAGGAUUUCCUGCUGAAUGAGAGAGAGAGAGAGAGAGAGAGAGAGAGAGAGAGAGAGAGAGAGAGAGAGAGAGAGAGAGAGAGAGAGAGAGAGAGAGAGAGAGAGAGAGAGAGCAGAAGCAAAAGAGAGCAGUUUAUGGAAAACAGCUUUAUGAAGUGGAUCCAUUUAUCACCAAACAUUAUUUUCAAUUUUUAUUUUGCCUGAAUUUUGAAGAUGAUGAACAAAGAAAAAUGUAAACAGAGGUGCAUUUUGGCGAGAAAUCGUCACAUUUUACAUUACAAGAUUUAUUUCUAUACACUUUCCUUUUUAAUUACCUAAUAAUUACUUUCGUACAAUUUCUAAUCGGUGGCUGAUUACGGGAAAGUAACUUACCAAGGAAAAUCUUGAUAAAAGUUGCUCGCCAAAAUAUACCUCAAAAAUAUAUAAUGAGUCUUAGAGGGAAAACAUUUUUGACAAGCCUUUUAACAUUUAGAUUAAUAACUGUAAUUAAGUAUAGUAAUUGUGAUAUUCCCUUGUUUUUAAAUUUUGAGGACCUAUUAGGCUCUUGCUUCUCCUUGUAAAAAUGAUUACUGUGAUAUGUAUUAUGAUUUUUUUUAGGCAGGGGUGUCAAAGAUUCUGUCCGACAUAUUCUUAUUUUGGCCCCGCGGUCGCUUUGCUGCUCCCGCCAUAUCCUGCGAUUUGCAUGAAUUAAAUGGCCUUUUUAUCUUUCAAAAAUAUCACUCACACCAGUUGAUUCUUUUAAGUAUUCUAUGCGCGGUUGAAGGUAGAUAGAAUUCGCCCUUUUGCACUGUGCCAUAUUCUUCCCCUUUUAAAGGCGACCGAGACAUGAUCAUGGUAGUGUUAUCUGACCCCUUAAUAGUGUACUCGCGUUGCAUCAAGCAGGCGCUGGUGUAUGUGAUUUUGACACCUCUGAUCUAUAGUAUGAAAAUCUCUGUCUGUCCGUAUCCCAAAAAUAUGAUUUUCUGAUAUGUGAUUUUUAAUAUAUAUCUAUUACCAAAAGUAUUAUAGUCUGCCAUUCAUUAUCCUGAAUAAAGUUACCCUUUUCGA